AUGGGAAUUUACGAACAUAAAUUGAGAUUUAAAAGAAGACCGUUAUUGAGGCAUGUAACAAGCGAUGAAAGCCGUGAUCAAUCACCCGAGUUAAUUAUUGAGAAUGUUCAAACUUCAAUACGCUUUAACAACAUAAUUAAGUCUGAACAAGACAUGAAGAGUUAUCGUGUAUUAGUUUUAGAAAACGGAAUGAAAGUGUUGUUGAUAUCUGAUUUGACAACUGAUAAAAGUGCAGCAUGUAUGUGCAUUGAAGUUGGUCAUAUGAAUGAUCCAGUGGAAGUUUCAGGUCUUGCACACUUAACAGAACACGCUCUGUUCCUUGGAACUGAAAAAUAUCCAAACGAAAAUGAGUUUCGUGCUUUUGUGAGUGAGAAUGGUGGCAUCACAAACGCUCAAACUUUCGCUGACGUUACAAAAUAUUUUUUUGACGUCGUGCCAGAAAAGCUAUCAGAUGCUUUAGAUCGAUUCUCUCAAAUGUUUAUCGCACCACUUUUUUGUGAAAGUUCAGUUUUAAGAGAAAUUUCAGCUGUUAAUGGAGAACAUGAGAAGAAUUUAGAUUCUGAUGCAUGGAGAGUGCGAAUGGUGAAUAAAACUUUAGCGAAUGCUAACCAUCCAUACAGCAAAUUCAGCACGGGUUGUAAGAAUUCUUUAUUAGAUCGACCAAAGCAAUUUGGAAUCGAUAUCAUAAAUGAAUUGAUUUCUUUUCACAACGAAUGGUAUCGUUCUGGUAAUCUAAUGAAUCUUGCAAUUGUGGGAAAAAAUUCGUUGGAUGAACUCGAACAAAUGGUUUGUUCAAGUUUUGUCUCAGGUAUUGAGAACAAAAACGUGAACAUUUCUCAUUGGAGCGAAGAUGUUUUCCUUAACGAUCAAAUGAUGACAAAGACUUACAUUGAACCCAUAAUGGAUGUUAGAUCUUUAACAAUUUCCUUUCCGACACCAGAUUUCACUUCUUAUUACAAAUCUAAGGUUCGUGAACUCGAUUUCAGAUUUGAAGAUUACAUAAGCCCAUUGAGUUUAGUCAGAAAAGUUGUAAGUAGCAUGCGUCAUUAUCCCUUACCAGAAGUCUUGUCAGCUCCUGUUGUUAUAACAGAAUGGCAACCAGACCUGAUUGAACGUGUACUCAAAAUAAUAACUCCCGAAAAUAUGCGACUUGUCGUUGUUGAUAAAAGUUUCUCUUGGAAAUGCAGGCAGAUGGAAAACAUUUACGGAACAAGAUUUGGGACUGAAAUGAUCCCGAAAUCAACAUUGAAAAGUUGGAUUUUCUGUGGAUUUGAUAAAAGCUUGCAGCUUCCACAACAAAAUCUUUUCAUUCCAUCUAACUUCGAUUUUCUUCCCAUCAGUAAUUGGAAGCAAACAUAUCCGAAAAUUAUUCGUGAUACAUCUUUAGUUCGUGUAUGGUUUAAGCAAGACAUCGAGUUCAGAAAACCAAAAUCAAUCAUGAGCAUUGAACUCAAAAAUCCAACAAUAAAUUGUGAUCCAUUAAAUUGGAAUCUCACACAUUUAUUUGUGUGGCUGUUGGAUGAACAUUUAAAGCAGCAAAUGUACAUGGCUGAGUUGGCAGGUUUAGAAUAUCGCAUUGCAGUUACAACAAGCGGAAUCAGAAUUUACAUCGAUGGAUAUUCCGAUAAGCAAGACAUUUUCCUAGAAAUGAUUUUAAAAGAAAUUUUCCGCUUUAAGAUUGAUAUAAAAAGAUUCGAAGAUAUUUACGACUCGUACUUAAGUGAUUUAAAAAGUUUUACCUCAGACAAGCCACAACAGGUGGCAAUUUAUCACUUAAACAUCAUAUUGACCGAACAGAUGUGGACGGAUCAAGAGUUGAUUGCGUCGAUGAAGUUUUGUAAUAUCGGUCGACUAAAAACAUUCAUGAAAGAAGUUUUGACACAAACUCAUGCUGAAUGCUUUAUUUACGGUAAUGUUAAUGAAGAUAAAGCACUUCAACUUUCUAGUUUGGUUGAAGACCGCUUGAGUAAAGCUAGAAAUUGUAGCCCAACAAAAUCUUCAAAGAUUUUCAUCCCAGCAACGUUGACAUUGAGAGAACGUAAACUUUCAGAAGGUAUUCAUCAUGUGUAUCAAGCUGUUAGUUACUAUCAUAAAUUAAGUUGCACGAGUUUUUACAUUCAGUGUGGGAUUCAGGAUGACAAGUCAAAUGUUCUACUUGACCUUGUCUUGCAAAUGUUGAAAGAGCCUUUUUUUAAUGUUCUACGAACACAGGAGCAACAAGGAUAUCUAGUUGAUUGUCUUGUAAGAAGAGCUAAUGGAACUCAAGGAAUAAAGUUCGUUGUAGAGUCUUCAAAGCAUCUUGAUUAUAUUGCACACCGUAUUGAAAACUUCUUAACAUCGAUGGCGGAGAAAAUUGAGACAAUGUCAAGAGAUAAAUUUGAAAGUUUCAAGAAAGUGCUCAAAGUUAAGAAACUUCCAAACACUCUGACUUUGACAGACCAGUUCUGGGAUUAUUUCAAAGAGAUAUCAAGUCAGCAGUAUCAUUUCAACAGAGCGAAUGUUGAAGCUUCAAUAUUAAGAAAUAUCACGCUCGAAGAUGUUUCAAGUUUCUACAAAACUUUCAUUUCACGUGAAAGCCCGACGCGACGUUCAAUUUCAAUUCAUGUCACUAAUAAAUCGGAGGAUAAAAUUGAAAUCGAGCCUCAAACUUUGGAAAUUCAAAAUGUGGUAAAGAUUAAAAAUAUUUCAGAUUUUCAGUCAUCUUUGCAACUUUUUCCAUUGAUAAGAAUGAAAAAUUUGAAGCAAUUUUAUAGCAAAAAGAAAUGAUUUACCUUCUGAUGAAGUCAUUAAUAAAAAUGAUUUUCAGAAGAAGCUUUUUAAGUAUAUUUAACAUUUCAACAACUGUUUUGACGACUUUCCCAGAAAAACCAAUUCUUUCUGAUAAAUUAAUU